GGGAGCGCGGAGAGAGUUGCGAGGUGUUCCAAUAAUAACUUCAUUUCCCAAACCUGUGCAAGUUUAUCUCCUCAUUUAAGAGAUUCUUGCAAGUGUUUACAACUUAAAACUGGAUAAAGUGUAAGUGUGAUAGACGGUUCCAAUGGAGCUGCAGGCUCUGCAGUAUCAGAUGUGGCUGGCAGUGAGGAAACACCAGGCACUAAUUGGCCGCCGGCAAGAGGAGCCCCAUAAUUUGGCAAUACAAAAGGAGAUCUUUGAUGUACUCUGCCAGCUUGUCUCUAUAAACGAGAGCCAGAAACUAGUUGUUGCAAGAUUACGAGGAGAGCGGGAAAAUGUCACACUCAAGCAUAAGCAGAAGAAGCUUCACCAAGGUGACAGCAAGGAAGACAUUGACUUACUGUGUGAUGAGCAAAUGGUACAGGACGCACAAGAUCAUGAAGACAAGAGCCAUGCACUGGAUGGUUGUUCACGACGGUCCUGUAAGAGUCCUUCAGAUGUGUUGGGUGCAGUGGUAUCCACACCACCAUACUCGGAUUAUAAUGAAGAAGGACAUGGUGCCAGCUUAGAUGAUUGUUUUGAAGAACCUGCAAUGUGUGGCAUUACAGAUGACCGGAAUGACUCGAGAGAUCUCUCUAGCUGCUGGUGGUCUCCAGAAAAGCCGCUCCAUAACUUUGAACCGCCAACUGCAGACUAUACUCAGGAGGACAUUCAUGAUCUUGUCACUGAGGAUGAAUUUAUGCAUGCAUUGGGUCUACUGACAGUCCGUGAAUGUGAAGACGUGUUGGCCAAGCGCUAUGAGAGAAGGAAACGUAAUGCUUAUUCUCAUAUUUUCUCAAAUACCAUAUGGGAAAAGCCUGAGACACGCCGGAAACGACGAGCUUGGCUGACAUCUGGCGCAGGAUCUCCUCCUACUUUAAGGCGUAAAGUACGGCCUCCGUCUCAGCCUCCAUCACAACCACAGUCUCGCCCGGCUUCCCCUACACAAUCUUCAUGUUCGCCGCUGGCCACAUGUCCUCCAUCACAACCUGCUUCACCUCAGUCUGUGGAAGAGGAGUUUCCUACAUCAUCACAACCAUCAGAAGAGAUCUGCCCCAUGUGCAAAAUAAAGGGUAAUUAUAACAAUUAUUGUUAUUAUUGUAUUAAGUACUAGUUAGUAUAAAGAGGGACUACUGCUCUAUGC